AUGCGGGCUGCAUUUUCACUAUUUUUCCUGGCUUGGCAAAUCUUUGGGAUUAGCCUUGCCCUCCUUUCUACAUCAACGUCCGCUAAGAAAGACAUUUCCUCAGUGCCUCAGCUCCAAAAUAACAUCACCACCGCUAGUCUACAAGAUAUAGUGACCUGGGAUGAGAAAUCUCUCUUUGUCCGCGGUGAGCGUGUAAUAAUCCUGUCUGGGGAAUUCCAUCCUUUCCGUCUCCCAUCGCCUGGACUUUGGCUCGAUGUGUUCCAAAAGAUUCGCGCUCUUGGUUUCUCCGGCGUCUCAUUUUAUGUGGACUGGGCACUGGUCGAAGGCGAGCCCGGGCACAUCCGUCCCUUUGGAGUGUUUGCACUGGAGCAGUUCUUCGAUGCUGCACAGGAAGCUGGAAUCUACCUCAUCGCCCGCUCCGGCCCAUAUAUCAAUGCAGAGGUCUCGGGAGGAGGCUUCCCAGGAUGGCUAGGGCGCCUGGAUGGUCAAUUGAAGCGGACAGAUCCAGCCUAUCUCGCGGCCAUCACCCCUUAUAUAGCCGCCAUAGGCAAGAUCAUGGCACAGGCCCAGAUCACCAAUGGUGGCUCUAUCAUUCUCUUGCAGCCUGAGAAUGAGUAUACCUUGUGCGUGUUCGAAGAUGGAUAUACGCAAAUGAAUAACAUGACUAUCACCUCUGUUGAUAGCUCGUGUUUGGAGAAAGAAUAUAUGGCUUACGUCGAGCAUCAAUACCGUCAGGCAGGCGUGGUAGUGCCUUUCAUUUUCAAUGAUGCAUAUCCUGAGGGCAACUUUGCCCCCGGCUCCGGCACUGGAGCCGUCGACAUCUACAGCUUUGACGCUUAUCCUCUAGGAUGGAGUACAGCACCUACGAAUUCGUCGGACUGGUCGGCAAUGACUAGUCCUCUACUCAUGUAUAAUUACACUGUGCAUCUGGCCGAAAGCCCAACUACCCCGUUCUCCAUAUCCGAAUUCCAAGGCGGAGCACCUGACUCCUGGGGUGGAGUAGGGGCAGCUGCCUCGGCUGCUUUUAUUGGGUCUGAGUUUGAACGGGUGUUUUAUAAGCUCAACUACGGCUACCGGGUUGCAAUCCAAAGUCUCUACAUGAUAUUCGGUGGUACCAACUGGGGCAACUUGGGAUAUCCAGGAGGAUACAGCUCGUAUGAUGUGGGCGCGGCUAUCUCCGAAGAUCGGCAGGUGAUUCGGGAGAAGUACAGCGAGCUGAAGCUACAGGCGGGAUUUCUCCAAGCAUCCUCCGCUACAUACCUUACCUCACAACCGGACAAUGGUAGUUACGGGGUCUGCACUGACAGUACGACUUUGGCGACCACCCGGUUGACCUCUAACGCUACAAGCUUCUAUAUUGUCCGACAUGGGGAAUUGCCAGAUGAAAGCACGGUCUUAUACAGGCUAAACAUUGCUACCUCGAUUGGAAAUGUCAGUGUACCUCAGUUGGGAGGAAAUCUCAGCCUUCAUGGACGCGACUCGAAAAUCCAUGUGGCAGACUACGAUGUGGGUGGCAUCAACCUGAUCUACUCCUCAGCCGAAGUCUUCUCUUGGAAGAAAUCAGGCUUGAAAUCAGUUCUGGUUUUAUACGGAGGGGAAGAUGAGACGCAUGAGUUUGCAAUCCCGCGAGAAUUGGGAAAGCCCUCCACCAUCGAAGGAACUGGUCUGGAUAUUGACUCGGCGGCCUCCUCUCACGCCAUUGUCAUCAAGUGGUCUGUCGAACCAGAGCGUCGGGUAGUUCAUUUUGGGGAGCAGCUUGAGGUUCAUCUUCUAUGGCGCAACGAGGCAUACAAGUACUGGGUUUUAGAUCUUCCCAUCUCGGGCUCCCUCCAGCGCCACGCCUCUUCUUUACGUUCCAAUAGUUCGGUGAUCGUGAAGGCGGGCUACCUCCUCAGGACGGCAGACGUUGUGGGCGAGACACUGAAGUUGGUGGGCGAUCUCAAUAUUACCACCGAGCUUGAAAUUAUAGCCGCUCCUCCUAACAUCAAUGUGGUCACAUUCAAUGGGAAGCAUGUAGAAACCAAGCGGACCGCCGGACGUUUGAAUGAUCAACGCUGGCAUUAUAUCGACUCACUUCCAGAGGUCCAGGCCAACUACAACGAUCAGAAGUGGACCGUCUGCAAUCACACCCACUCUACAAAUCCCCGGAAUCUGACAACCCCUUUCUCCCUUUAUGCGACUGACUAUGGGUACCAUUCCGGCUCGCUCCACUACCGGGGUCAUUUCAUCGCCAAUGGGUCCGAGAACGCGUUGUAUCUUCUGACAGAGGGUGGUUAUGGUUACGGCCACUCGGUUUGGCUGAACGACACGCACCUAGGCUCGUGGCCGGGCACCUCGACCGAGAUGUUCCACAACCAAACUCUAAGUCUCCCCCACGGGGGCCUGCAGUCCGGCACUCCCUACAUAAUCACCGUCCUCGUUGAUCACAUGGGAUACGACGAGAGUUUUCCCGCCAACGCAUCCUUCCUGAAAGAUCCGCGGGGACUGGUGGAUUACAGCCUCAACGGCCGAGCCAAGGAAGCCGUCAAAUGGAAGAUCACUGGAAACCUUGGAGGAGAACAAUACUUCGAUCACAGUCGGGGUCCUUUGAACGAGGGCGCCUCAUUUGCUGAGCGCCAAGGUUAUCAUCUCCCAGGCGCGCCACUCCUUCAAGAGUUUACUUCCUCUCUCGCUCCAACAAAGAUCCCCAUCCACCAGCCUGGGUUAGGCUUCUGGGCCACUUAUUUCAACCUCAGUCUUCCCGCAGACUAUGACAUUCCCACCAGUGUCGUCUUAUCCAACACAACCAUUCUCUCCAAUGGCACCGAUACAUCGCUCUCUAGGCCGGCGCGCUUCCGCUGUGUGCUCUUCGUCAACGGGUGGCAAUUUGGCAAGUAUGUGAAUCACAUUGGGCCGCAAUCUCACUUUCCCAUUCCUGAGGGGAUCCUUAACCACAAUGGUAUCAACUACCUGGCAUUGGCCGUCUGGUCACAGGACACGGAGUCCUUCCAACUCGCGGGGUUGAAGCUGCAGGCUGAAGCUGUCGUCCUGCGUGGAUACGAGAAACCUAGUUUGGUACCAGCGCAGUCGUUUACUCCACGUAAAUCCAGCUACUAG